ACACAUGUGACUGGAGCAAUAAUAGAGAAUGAAACGUAUCAGAGCAGCUCAAGAGUAAAGAGCUCUGGGAGUACAAGUCACUGGAAGAGAAGUGAAAACCUGGAAUCAGAAGGGGAUCAAACAAGGAUACUUUUCAACAUGGAAGGAUUUGAUAUACCUGUGCCAAUGGGUCGUCCAGAGUUGUUUGAUUUUGAAGGCAUCUCUAUGACCCAUUACUUCACCGACAACUGGGAGAACAUUCAGAAAUUCCAGGCAAGACCAGAUGACAUCCUCAUCACCACCUAUCCUAAAUCAGGGACCACUUGGGUAUCCUACAUUUUGGACCUGCUCUACUUUGGCAAUACAGCGCCUGAGCGUCAGACCUCGCUGCCCAUCUUUUUUCGAGUACCAUUUCUUGAGGGCACAUUUCCUGGGCUGCCUUCAGGGGUGGAGCAGACAGACAAGUUGCCCACCACUCCACGCCUCAUCAAAACCCAUCUUCCUGUUCAGCUGCUGCCCAAAUCCUUCUGGGAACAGAACUGCAGGGUUGUCUACGUAGCUCGCAAUGCCAAAGAUAACGCGGUCUCUUAUUUUCACUUUGACCGGAUGAACAUGGGAGAUCCUGAGCCAGGAGACUGGAACACUUUUCUAAAGCGGUUCAUGGAUGGAAAGAUGGUGUUUGGUCCUUGGUAUGAUCAUGUGUGUGGAUACUGGGAGAAGAAGCAGACGUACUCAAACAUUCAUUACAUGUUCUUUGAGGAUAUGGUGGAGGACACUGGGCAUGAAGUGGAGCGUUUGUGCUCCUUCCUUGGUUUAUCUACACCAAUAGAAGAGAGGGAGAGAAUUACGAAAGGCACUCACUUUGAUGCCAUGAAGCAGAACAAUAUGACCAACUACUCUACACUCCCAAUCAUGGACUUCAAGGUCUCACCGUUCAUGCGAAAAGGGAAGGUUGGGGACUGGAAGAACCACUUCACAGUAGCUCAGAACGAGCAGUUUAAUGAACAUUACAAACAGAAGAUGAAGAACUCCACCCUCCGAUUCCGAACAGAGAUUUGAGAUUUAUGAAACCUCCCUAUAGUAAUAUUGACCUUUUUUUCUGAAGAAAACUUUUGUUUCUGCAGCACAUACUGUAUGACUAAAUGAGAAGAUACUAUGAACAUACUUAUUCCAGUAAAAGGUAACUGGUUAGUA